CGAUUUUGUCGGGCAUUGCUGUUAGUUUUUUUUUAAUCAGGCUGUUCAGGAACCUGGGAAAGCCGUUCCGUUGUCAGUAUGUCAGCAGGACCGAUAGUAGAGCGAAAUCAAGAUGCAACUAUCUAUGUCGGCGGUCUGGAUGAAAAGGUCACUGAAAAUGUUCUAUGGGAGUUGAUGGUUCAAGCGGGUCCUGUGACCAGCGUGAAUAUGCCUAAAGACCGAGUGACUGCGAAUCAUCAAGGUUUCGGUUUUGUUGAAUUCAUGGGUGAAGAAGAUGCGGACUAUGCAAUCAAGAUUUUGAACAUGAUCAAAUUGUACGGUAAACCGAUUAAGGUGAAUAAAGCUAGCGCUCACGAAAAGAAUAUGGAUGUUGGUGCCAAUAUUUUUGUGGGUAAUUUGGACCCGGAGGUUGACGAGAAACUGUUGUACGACACAUUCAGUGCUUUUGGAGUCAUUCUUCAAGUUCCAAAGAUCAUGCGCGAUCCAGAAACGGGCAACAGUAAAGGUUUUGCGUUCAUCAACUUUGCCUCCUUCGAAGCUUCUGAUAUGGCUAUGGAAGCAAUGAAUGGGCAGUUCUUAUGCAAUAGGGCAAUCUCCGUUUCUUAUGCUUUCAAAAAGGAUGCAAAGGGUGAGCGACACGGAACUGCUGCAGAACGGAUGUUGGCUGCGCAGAAUCCGCUAUUCCCCAAAGAUCGUCCAAACCAGAUGUUCUCGGAUGCCCCCGGCAGACUCCCAUUCCCACCACCAAUUCCUGGUAUGCCUCCGGUUAUUCCGGGAAUGCCUGGCAUGCCACCUAUGCCACCUCCGAUUGCGAUGAAUAUGGGGACUAUGGCAGCAACUAUGGGAUUUCCACAUGCCCUCCCACCUCCACCUCCUACAGCAACUCCUAUGCCUCCUCCACCUCCACCACCAGUACCACCAACACCUGGAUUGACUCCGAGACCUCCUCCCCCGCCGAUGUCGGCUGGUGGAGCUCAAUGGAACAUGCCGCCUCCACCACCUACACAAACUCCUACUAUGCCUACUCCACCUCCUCCGCCUCCAUCUCGUGGAACAUCAUCCUUCGUGCCGCCACCGCCUCCAUCCAGCAUGCCACCCUCAGGUCCUCCAGUACCGCCAGGACCACCUGGUCCUCCACCACCGGGCGCGCCACCUCCAGGAAUGAUGCCGCCACCUCCAAGAUUCCCGCCAGGAAUGCCGCCUCCUCCGCCUCGUUUCAACUCAGCAGGUCCUCCCGGUUCUGGGCAAUUCCCUCCACCACCACCGCCAUCUCGCCCGCCAGUCCCUCCUCCUCCGGGACAGGCUCCACCACCUAUACCGCCUCCUCCUCCAUCAUCUUGAGGAUAAAAUACGUCGACUUCUUUUUUGCUAUGACUACGCCCUCAUUGUCUUGUCAAUUUGGGAUAACUAUGAUAGAAAUUCCCUUCCUAAUUUCAUUGGAAACGUGUUGAUUUUUGUUUGCAAUCAUGUUAUUGGGCAAGUAAAACAUACUCACGAAUUAGCUAUGAUGACAC